GCUGUACUGCAAGAAGGCAGACGGAGGAGCAGUCAAAGCAGCAGCUGCAGAGAGAGAGAGAGAGAAACCAAGGCAAGGCUGACAACAAGGGACGGGCUCACGUCGGGAAGAGUCAGAAACGCCACAUUUGCCCGUAUUUUGAUUUCACGUAGAGUGCCGUUCACGUUUAACGUCUUUGCCCAUUCGCAAUCCUUUCUAUUAUUUUUCAUUUUUUUUUAACGCGUACGUGGGAUUAUAUUUCUCGUCCUGACGACCCGAAAUGACUGCUAGUCGCCGCGUCUAGCCAAUGGUUACUGCGGGGGCUCCUGGCUUGUGGAUUAUCCGUCGUCGCCGAGGCAGUCGCAUGGUCGAGCCCGGAGGAGGCCCCGCUCUGCUGGAUGGAUGUGUGUGAAGCGGCGGGCGAGCUCCGAGUGCUGAUGAAGACUGUGAUAGCGACGAUGCCCCGGUCCCAUCGGCUCCAGUGGGUGAACUGAUCUUGGAUGUUCGGGCUACGUCGCCCCUGCACAAACCAUUUCCUCGUACUGAUAAGAUUCUAUUCCUUAAAAACUGGACGCCCCUGGAGCAGUUUAUGACGACCCUGGUAGGAGCGUGAUGAGCGCGCGCUUCCGCUUGCCUGCUGGCAGAUCCUACAAUGUACGGGCGACGGAGCUGGAGCGAGACAGGCAGCACACACAGGUUGUGUGCAACGUACUGCUGCUGGACAACACUGUCCAGGCAUUCAAAGUCAGCAAGUCGGAUCACGGCCAGGUGCUGCUGGAUGCUGUCUUUAAGCACCUGGAGCUGACCGAGAGGGACUACUUUGGCCUGCACUUGGCUGAUGACUCCUCAGACGCACCACGCUGGCUGGAUCCCAGUAAGCCCAUCAGGAAACAGUUAAAAAGAGGAUCUCCACAUAACUUGAGCUUCAGAGUCAAAUUCUUUGUGACAGACCCUGGUAAACUUCAGGAAGAAUACACACGGUACCAAUAUUUUCUUCAGAUCAAACAGGAUAUAUUAACUGGAAGGUUGCCCUGUCCUCACAACACAGCUGCACUGCUGGCAUCCUAUGCUGUUCAAUCCGAGUUGGGCGACUACAGCGAAUCGGAGCACAGUCAGGGCUAUCUGUCCGAGUUCUGCUUCAUCCCCAACCCCCCACAAGACUUCCACAAAGAGGUCGCCAAACAUCACCAGCAGCACAGCGGUCUAUCUCCUGCCCAGUCAGAGUUUAAUUAUCUGAACACAGCACGUACGCUGGAGCUCUACGGGGUAGAGCUGCACUAUGCAAGGGACCAGAGUAACACGGAGAUUCUCAUCGGGGUGAUGUCCGCUGGCAUCGUGAUUUACAAGAACAGGGUACGGAUCAACUAUUUCCUAUGGUUGAAAAUAGUGAAAAUCUCCUUCAAGUGCAAACAGUUCUUCAUCCAGCUGAGAAGAGAGGCGACUGAGACUCGGGAGACGCUGUUGGGUUUCAACAUGGUCAACUACCGGGCCUGUAAGAACUUGUGGAAGGCCUGCGUGGAGCACCACACCUUCUUCAGGCUGGAGCAGCCCAUCCCACCGCAGAAGAACUUCUUCUCUCACUACUUCACCCUGGGCUCAAAGUUCAGAUACUGUGGACGGACAGAGGUGCAGUCUGUGCAGUAUGGAAAGGAGAAAGGUAUCAAGGAUAGAGUAUUUGCCAGGUCUCCCAGCAAACCUUUGGCCAGGAAGUUGGUGGGCGGGACUGACUGGGAGUCGGUCAGCAGGAACAGCCUAUCAGAUGAGAGACUGGAGACCCAGAGCCUGCCUACUCGCUCUCCGCCUGGCACGCCCAACCAGAACUCGCUGUUUGUUCAAGAGGGCACGCGACUACGCCCGUCCUCCGUCGGUCACCUGGUCGAUCACGUGAUCCACGCUUCCCCGAGCCUGCCCGUCUUCUCCUCCAAUCACAAGUCGGCGUCGUCCACGCAGGCCAACAGCAUCAGCCUGGAUUCUACACCGUCUCCGGAUGGGAUAGAUGGUCAGCCUCCAGCUCUGCCCCCCAAGCAGCUGAGCAGGAAAACACUGAGCCAGAUCAUCCAGGCCCACUCCCAGCAGAGCCUCCUGGACAACCACGUCAACGAGAUGUACGACGUUCCCGUCAAUGCUGACAAGACUACGUUGAAUGGAGUAGUUCCUCAUGAUAAUCUGGUCCUGAUCAAGAUGAGACCCGAUGAACACGGACGUUUUGGCUUUAAUGUCAAGGGUGGAGCUGACCAGAAGAUGCCUAUCAUUGUGUCUAGAGUGGCUCCGGGAACAUCAGCUGACCUCUGCGUGCCUCGCCUCAACGAGGGCGACCAGGUGGUGUUAAUCAAUGGGCGGGACAUAUCUGACCACACCCACGACCAGGUGGUCAUGUUCAUCAAGGCCAGCUGUGAGAGCCACUCUGGGGAGCUCAUCCUAUUGGUCCGACCAAAUGCCAUCUACGACGUGGUGGAGGAGAAGGUGGACUCUGAGCCCGACUUUCAGUACAUCCCUGAGAAGUCCCCUCAGGACCCAGCCCAGCUGGACCAGCAUGCUUUGAGAGACUCCAUGGUCACGCUGAAAGAAGGCCUGACCAGUGGAGCCAUACUGGCGCAGUUUGAUCAACUGUACAGGAAGAGGCCGGGGAUGACCAUGCUGUGUGCCAAAUUACCUCAGAACGUUUCCAAAAAUCGCUACAGAGACAUCUCUCCUUAUGAUGCCACGCGGGUCAUUCUGAAAAGCACAGAUGACUACAUCAAUGCAAAUUACAUCAACAUGGAGAUUCCAGCCUCCAGUCUGAUAAACCGGUACAUAGCGUGCCAGGGCCCGCUGCCCAACACCUGCCCUGACUUCUGGCAAAUGACCUGGGAGCAGGGCUCAUCACUGGUGGUUAUGCUGACGACACAGGUCGAGAGAGGCCGGGUGAAGUGUCACCAGUACUGGCCCAACCCAGACAGCUGCACCACCUACGGAGACUUCACAGUUACGUGCCACAACGAAGAGGGCAACUCUGCCUUCCUGGUCCGGGAGAUGACUCUCACACACACUCAGAGUGAGCAGCAGAGGGAGCUGACUCAGAUUCAGUACCUCGCUUGGCCGGACCACGGCGUUCCUGACGACUCCACCGAUUUCCUGGACUUUGUUGCUCUGGUGCGGACCAAACGGGCCGGACAGGACCAGCCAAUGGUGGUACACUGCAGUGCGGGCAUCGGUCGGACAGGGGUUCUGAUCACCAUGGAGACGGCGUUGUGUCUAAUGGAGUGCGGUCAACCGGUGUAUCCUCUAGAUAUUGUCAGGACCAUGAGAGAUCAGAGGGCCAUGAUGAUACAAACGCCCAGCCAGUACCGCUUCGUGUGUGAGGCCAUCCUGAAGGUCUACGAGGAAGGCCUGGUCAAACCGCUCACGACGGCGAUAUACCAGCAGAGGGAAAAGGUGAACGACGAGCGGGAGGAGGAGAAGAAGGAGCAGCAGAAAGCGGGAGCGGAGAGGGAGGAGGCGACGGCGACGGAGGAAGAAGGGGAGGCGGCUGUGGUGGAGUUGCUGGAGGGAGGACUGGACGAAGAGGAGGACGACGACGAAGAAGUGGAGGUGCUGGACGUGGGAGAAGUGACGGAAGAGGACGACGAUGACGAGGAGGUGGAGGAGGAGCCGAGCGUCGCGAGCGCCACCAGCAUGACGAGCGUGACCAGCGGGACGAACGGGACGAACGGCGAACCCGACCCUGCCAACCUGUGACCAGUGGGCUCCGCGGGCCGUCGGGGGUCACCAGGAAGAGGCCGGGAGGCCGGAGGAGAGAACAAAAGCACUGUUGCACUUUAUGCUGAAAUAAAAAUGGAUUAAAGACAAACGCAAACAAACGUGAAAAAUCAUGGACAAGAUGGAAUUUAAAAAAGAAAAGAAAAGGAAAAAAAAAAGUCAAAAGAAACCCAGCUGUGUUGAAUAGGUACCAUUAGGGGAUGUUGUAUGAUCAGGGUAAAGAAAAAAAAAAUGACACAAAGAAUAAAAAGUUAAAAGUACGAGAGAAUAAAAUGUGGAUGGGGAAACGCUGUAGUGCCAUAAGUACGAAGGGGAAGGGCUGCCCCUGUGGAUGGAAAGCUCCUCGUCCCCUCUUCUUUUACUUUCUUUUUUUUUUUCUCUUUUUACCCAAAGGGUCGCCCUGUCCCCUUCUGAGUGAGUCUGCCAGACGGACCUGCCUUUUUUUUAGAGUCCUUUUAGCUGAUAAAGAGAUAUACCUUAUCCUUCGUUCCUCAGAAAGAGUAUUUAUUAUGUUUUAGUUUGUGUCGAACCCUGUCCACUGAACAAAAAAAAAAAAAGUUGUACGUUUCGUUUGUAUGAGUCUAGAGCUUCAUGCUUUCCUGAUUAAAUCUUAGCUAGUAAAGUAGUGUGAUUCCUCUUCUUCUAACUACUUCUUAAUUUCUUUUGCUUUUCGCGCGGGGGAGGGGCAAACAGUGAUUUUAUUUAUUGUGCUUGGUUUUGACCUCUGUUAGCUUUCUCGUCCAAGUCUGACGGAUUGACAGCUGAGAGCGCUUCGUGUCCCACCUCUUGUUCAGUGCCGUGGCGAGUUGGAUACCUAACCCUGCUUUGUGCUGUGUUUUCUUGAUGUGGUCAUCGUUCCGGUGUGACCGCGGGACAGAACCGGUUUCCAUUCGUCAGGCCCAGUGUUUACCGGGGAACACUUCUUGCUCCUCCGGUUCAGCUAUUUUCGACAUUAAGUCGUCCUCACAUCGCAUAAAGCUCGGCAACGUUUGAACUGAACAGAAAACAGUGAAAGACCCCCCCCCCCCCCCCCUCCCCCCGUAGACACCGAGGCCUAAUUUGAGUUACAGUCUAAACGAGGCUGAGGUCAGUUCACUUCUUCCUUCAAAUUCAUACAUGUCCAACGUCGGAGCCUCUGCUGAGGUGUCCUUGAGCCAGACACCGACAGCGAAGACGCCAUUUCCUUUUGGUUAGGGAGACUUUGAGUGGAUUAUUACAUUAUGCAACCCAAGUACGUCUUGCUUUCUUUGCACAAGUCAUUACGAUAGAAAGAAACGAGUAGGGGUGGUUACUUGGUUAACUUUUAUGCAACUAUUAUUCGUUUUUUUUUUUUUUUGUUCCUUCCGAAACUUAAACAGUGAACUGAUCUCAACCUUUGUAACGGCUCCCUCCAGGGAUCUCCCCACAUCUUCUAUUUAUUUCACCUUUUUUUUUUUUUUUUUUAACACACAGGGGUUAGAGACUCGUGUAACCUGUGAACUGGAGCGUGCGUGUACGUGCUUCGGGAACGGUGGAUCAUUGCUGUCAGAAAAACUAGUAGCUGUUCGCUUUCCUAAUGGGAAGCUUUUUCAGUGGGGUUCAGGGGUCACUGGAGCGGAGCCAGUCAUUGCUGUUUAAUUUUAUUUAAACUGAGUUAAUAGUUAAUAGUUCAAAGAAGCAGCACAAGCAGAACGUUCAAUCGAUAGGCUUUACUUUUUUUUUUUUUUUUUAAUCCUUCGCUCCCCCAUCCCCCGAUGGUACUUGGUCAUUUUAAGACAUGUGAUGAUUUUAAGUCAAACUGAUGAGUCAUGGGUUGGUAGGAGACUUAAAGAUGACAGCUGUUUUUAAUUCACAAACCCUAGUAUGAAGUCACUUGUUGGUUGUUGUGCUCUUCAUCGCAGCAUGGAGCCUCUUCGUACUUUGAGAUUUCCUUCUUAUCGGCCGCUUCGCCACCUGCUGUCAUUUUCUCCCACGGUGGAUUCUGCUGGAAAACCUACUGCUGUGUGUGCGUGUGUGCGUGCGUGUGUGUGAGAGAGAUUUGUAUUUAUCGGUUUCCCCUCCAUCUUCCCUCUUCCACUUCUAUCAUGUGGUCUGUUUAGCUGUCUGGUCUUAAGCCUGCUUGUCUGUUAACUGGAAUGAAAGGUUGCGCCGUAAAAGACGCGAACCGAAUCUAACCUGAUCUCAAGUUUUUGGAAAAAAACAAAACGAAUCUUUGCCUGUGAAACAAAACGCGCAGUGUUCAUACCUCCCUUUCAAACAGCUGAGUCACACACAUGUAGAGGUGGUAUCAAGAAGAGCCGAGAUACAGCUUUUCCCCUUCUCUUUCUCUCUCUUUUUUUUUUUUUUUUUUAAUCUCCUCCAUUUAGCCUCCCAAAAUCAGCAUCUCUUAGUGGCUUCUGCCGGGCCCACGCAAAAUCCACAGUCCAUUCUUCUCUUUGUGUUUUUCGUCCAGAUGCUUCUCUUUUGGAUCAUAACACGCGGAUCCCACUCUCUCUGCGCGGCCUGAAGGCGAAUGAGACAUCUGAGCGGAGGGCCGUGGGUACAGUAGCUCACAAUCAAACGGCAAGCCGAAUCAGUGAGGGGAACAGCCGAAUUUAACUCAAGUUCUUGCCCACAUGUUCCAGCUUGUAACGUGAAGAACUAAAUGUUUUGGAUAUGGCAGCAGCAGCAGGGCCGGCCAAAUGAAUUGACACAAAUCUGCUAAUGAAUUGGCACCAAAAAAAAAAAAAAAAAAAAAAAAAGUCGACACAGAGAGAACCCUGCAGGGAAAAGUUAAUAAUAUUUGAUCUAUCGGGGCUGCCAGAGGAUCCAUCUGCACAAGACAUCCAGCAGUGAGCUGUCUUAUGUUCCAAGUGUUUUGUUUCGUUGUUGACACAGUUGGUACUGUCCGUGCGUUUUUUUUUUUAGCGGGUACUGAUCAAAAGUAGUUUGGAGUGGACCAGACACGGGGAGGGCUCGGGUUAGUUGUAUUUUUGUAAAAAAAAAACAAUAACAGUUCUAGUUGGGUAGGGAAAGGGACAGCACUUUGUAGAAAGGCUGAGUGGCAGGUAGUGCUGCCGGGGGGGAGGGAGGGGGGGAGGGAGGGAGGUAGAGACAUAAAGCAUUGCUUAAUUUAUCAUUUUUACUUUUUCGUUUGACAGUAAGACACCUGUAGAGAACAAGAAAAGGAGCUCCUAACUACACAGUGCCACUUGUUAAUUUUCUGUAAAUAAUAUUAGACCAUGUAAAUACAAUGUUGUAUAUGAAAAAAAAAUCUUUAAAAUAAAAGGGAAAUCCUUUGUGAGCAGAAAGAUUUUGUUUUUAUUUUUCUUUUCUUUUUGGAUGAUUCAAAUGUGACACAAAUGGUGUGUAUUUCUAGACUGCUCCUUCAUUUAUUAUUUUUUUUGUUUCUUUUUUGGGGUUUUCUUUGAGUCUAUAACAGCGAGUGUAUAUAUAUACAAUGAACCACAAAACAAUGGCAAAUGUUUUACCGUAUUAUACCCUUGGUUAACUCCUUACCUGUGUCAUAAAAACCUUUGUCCUCAGUUGCUUGUUUCUUUCUGGUAUCAUGGUUUGACGGUGCUUUGGACAUGUCUAUAAGCUUGAUUAUUGAACAAUUAAAGCUUGUCUGUCAAAGCAUGGA